CCACCUGCUUCGCGUGACAUAAAAUACAUGCCAAGUGAGAGAAAUAUUAAAUUGUAUUAUCUAGCUGUCUAUUUAUUUAUUAUGAACGGAUUUUACGAAAUUAACACACCCUCAACUACUUAGGGUCUUAUUGAUUUAAAUGAGUUAAAAUAAUAAAUAACAUAGCUUUCCACAUCACCAUGGAGGUACUAUGUCGUAAGAUGCGUUUCCAUUAUUUUACAUGGCGUAAUCCCCAGUAGGCCUACACCAUGGAUUGACAAACAUUAAUUAUACAUGGAGAAAUGGCUUUUACGAAUGAUAAUUGGUCGCACGAACUCAAGAAACAGAUAAUUGACUACAUUGAAGAAGUCAAUGGAACAUACAAUGCUGGUUGUACAACCGUUGUAACAGUUUUCUGGAGAGAUGGACGGACUCAUGAAGCUAUGUCAUUCAAAGAAUCUCGUAGCGAAUCAAUUGGCGCAGCUUAAAAUGAAGCACGGAAUAAAUCUCUCCUUCGAGCCCGGUAUGACGCCUUUACGUUUUUUUGUGAAUUUAUGAAGGUAAUGGAGAAGCUGAGUAAUGGAAAGGUGUAAAGAAUGGUCAAACAGCAACAGUUAAUAGCCGAAUGGAAUAAUAUAAUGAAAGUGACGUCAUCCCCCUUCCACCACAUCGGAAGUCCACCCUCUAGUCUCAAGGACCGAUAGUGAGGGAUGAGAGUACAGGCGGGCCUUGUACUUACCCCCACCCUUGGGGUAACUCUAGGACCCCAGCAACGAGGGAGGAUGGUGGCACUUCCGAGAGGAUCCCCAAUUCGUACACUUCGGUUAUCGUCAUUCUAUUGUCCCGUAUAUUAUUGUAACCCUUGAGUCAUAUUUAUUUGUAUAAUCUCAAUAUUGUUAAUAAACGUCUUGUAAACGAAUAACGCGUUCCUUACAGCUUCAGAAGUGGGAUAAAUAACGGUCAUUAUUCGCGAGUAUUAAUAAAUAUUUUUGUGAAUAGUGAUUGUGUAGUGCGAUUGUCACAGUGUUAAAUUAGUAAAUUUAACCACUGAGUGAAAUAGACUAAUCAGUGUUAAUAAUGGCUUGUUCACGUGAUAGAAAAGUGCGUUCACGUUCUCACAGUCGAUCGCGAGAUACGUCAUCGCGAGUGGAGCAUCGAAGUAGAUCAUCGCAAAGAAGUUCGCGAAGACAGCGCAGACACUCGCGGAAUGACCGAAGAUCACCAGAGUGGCAACGGGCGCUUUACCAAUUGAUCGAAACGGUGAAAACUGUGGUGGAUCGACCAGCACCACGAGCAUCGAAAAAUACUGAGGGGAAGACACUUAUCCCGAAGUUCGAUCCCCAGGAAAAAAAUCAAACAAUCGAUGUUUGGAUACACCGAGUCGAGGAAUUGCAGAAAAUCCAUGGCUGGGACGAUACGACCGUCGCAACUCUUGCCAUGGACAACCUAAAGGGUGUCUCGAGGACUUGGUAUGAAAGUCUACCAAGUAUUACAUUCGCCUGGACCGAAUGAAAAGAACAGCUGAAGUCAGCGUACGUGGACGCCGGGAGUCAGUGUGUCACCCUAAGGAAGGAAGAGGCUGACACCAUGCAGCUGGAGUUGCACCCGACGGAAGUAGUGCUGCGAGGUUACGGAGGAGGUAUUAUCCGGCCGUAUGGAGUUGUCGAAGCCAAAUUGAAGAUUGACUUGGCCGAAGGAAACGUCAAGAUCCAUGUCGUACCCAACGACCUCCAAAAUGUACCACUUAUUGUGGGACAACCAUUUUUAGAUCUACCAGGAGUCACCAUGGUUCAGAGGGAUGGGCGCUUGCGGCUGUUUGACAAAACAGUGGCUCAUCUACCAGAAAUGGAAAAACUUCCCCCGCAGAAAAUAGCGCUCUGGGCUAAAGAGACGACGGUCAUACCGCCGAAGCAUGCAGCUAAUAUCGAGGUUAAGGUGAAGAGUAAAAUUAUUGGUGAUUUAUAUGUAGAGCUAAGCGUACGUGGUAAAGAAGGUCGGGAACAUUGUAUUCCAAGAAGCAUGUUAAAUAUAGAAACUGGGAUGCUCCUAGUCGUUAAUUUGUCUGAUAGACCGUUAAUUAUUUAUCAAGAUAAAAUAAUCGCCAGGGCUGAGCGUGCUCGGGAGGAGUCCUUAGAAGAGAGCAACAUUAGAAUAAUGAUGCGUACAGUAAAAACAGAACCUCAAAACGAUUUACCGCGCGAUCAAAUCUUAACCGGUCCGGAAGUAUCUCCAUCUGAAAAAGAUGCGUUGUAUGAUCUGUUGGACAAUUAUCGCGAUUGCUUUGCAUCUAAUGUGUCCGAGCUAGGUCACACUCGGGCAUCGGAGAUAAAUAUCGAAUUGGACAGUAAUUCUGUAGUAACUUAUAGGCCCUACUGAUUAUCAUAC